AUGUCUAACGGCGCGGGCAUCGGAACAUUCCAGAGUUACUACGAAACCACCCUUCCACCGGAGUACUCCCCCAGCGCCAUAUCAUGGAUUCCAAAGCUGCAGGUUUCCUUCAUGUUCGGCAUGGGCCUCAUCGUCGGAAAACUAUAUGAUAUAUUCUGCCCCCGGCACAUCAUCCUCAUAGGCUCAUUCCUCCAUGUCUUCGGCCUCAUGAUGGCCUCGCUGGCCGCAAAAUACUACCAGCUUCUCCUCUCCCAGGGCAUCUGCAGCGCUAUCGGCGCCGCAGCCAUCUUCCAGCCUGCGAUGGGGUGUAUCCCCCGCUGGUUCAGCCGCCGGCGUGGCGCCGCGUACGGGGUUGUCUCCACGGAAUCAAGUAUUGGCGGAGUGGUGUUCCCGAUUAUGGUUAGUCGGCUGAUGAAGAGCGUCGGAUAUGCGUGGACGAUGCUCAUUGGCGCGUUCGUCAUCCUGGGGCUACUGGAUGUUGCGAAUUUGACGGUCCGCGCGCGCGGACGAGGAUGGUAUCUUGUUGCGAUACUCAAUGCGGGGAGUCUUCUGGGGCGAUUGUCUGCCGGGGUGUGUUCUGAUCGGGUCGGGGCGUAUAACAUCUUUGUCUGUGUGGUUUUUCUGGCUGGGGUGGUGGUGCUGGGGUUGUGGAUUCCGGCCGCGGGGAAUGCAGCCAUCAUUGUGUUUGCGGUGGUGUUUGGGUUUACGACCGGGGCAUAUGUCAGUCUUGCGCCGGCGCUGGUGGUGGAUAUUUCUCCGCUGGAGGAGAUCGGCUACCGCACGGGGCUGAUGUUUCUGUUUGCGUCUGUUGGUGGACUGACGACAAGUCCGAUUGGGGGAGCCAUUCUGCAGCGUGAUGGGGGCUCGUAUACCGGGAUGAAAGUCUUCUCGGGGGGAUGUUGCUGGUUGGCACGGGCUUUGUGGUGGCGGCCAGGGUGGUGCAGACGGGUUGGGUGCUAA